AUGGGAUCCCUUCUUGGGAAGCUCCAUGCUCAGAUUGUCUCUCCGGAGAUUCAGCUGCCAAAAUCACUGAAGAAAGGAAUCGAACACCUGACACAAGAUCUAGAAGAAAUAAACAGAUUGCUGGUGAAUCUGUCAACGGUGGAAGGUCCCAACUCCAUGGUCAAGCGCUGGAUGAACGAGGUGCGCGAGCUGUCCUACGACAUGGAGGAUUACAUUGACAUCACGAUGAGCUCCGACAUGGUGUCCAACCGCGGUAUGAACAAAGAGAUCCUCUCCGUGGUCACAAAAUUUAGGACUCUUGUGAGGCAGGCCCGUGAGCGGCACGAGAGGUACGAGCUUCAGCGUUGGGCAUCGAAUCCUAGCUACAUGGUGGAUGCGCAAGACCAGCUUCCAUCGUCUUUCAACGGGAAGGCUACAGGCCUCGUCGGCAUCAGUGAAUCAAGGGGCGAACUCAUCAAGUGGCUCAGUAACGCCGACGAGGCCCAAGGGCGGCUGAAAGUAGUAUCCAUUCUUGGACCUGCUGGAGUUGGUAAGAGUACGCUUGCUCAAGUAGUGUAUCGUGAAAUUGGAAGGCAGUUCGAGCGUCGAGCCUUUGUGCGGGCGUCAAGAGUUCCUGAUACACGGAGGCUUCUCCGGAGCAUGAUCUCUCAAGUCCGGCGCCAGCAACGGCUCCCUUGUGGUCUCGCCGUGCAAGAGCUCGUAGACAACCUUAGAACACAUCUUCAACAGAAGAGGUAUUUCAUUAUAAUUGAUGGUUUAUGGGAAACAAUAUCUUGGGAUAUUAUUAGAAGGGCUUUUCCGGAGAGUACUCAAGGUAGUAGAAUAUUAAUAACGACGGAUAUUGAAGAAGUUGCUCUGGAGUGCUGUGAUUAUCUAACUAAUGCAAGUGUUAAUUGGGCACCUGAGUUGGAUUCGGACUCUCGUUUCCUUGCUCAAGUAGGCAUUUUAAAGAUGGAGCCACUGAGCACAGAUGACUCCAUGGAAUUGUUCUUUAACAAAGUAGGCUGCAAGACUGAAUUAUCUGAACACCUGAAGAAAUAUGCAGAAGAGAUCAUAACAAAAUGCAGUGGUUUGCCACAAGCAAUCAUUAUCAUAGCUAGUGUUUUGGCAAGUCAACCAAAAAACUCAGAGCGGUGGUCCCAUAUUAAGGAAUUCUUAUCUUCCAGAAAUAAUAUAUCUUCGGAAGACUUGUUAAGAGAAAUAAUAGGACUCAUCUAUUAUACUCUUUCGGAACAAGUGAAGACAUGCCUACUAUAUCUUAGUUUGUAUCAUGAAGGGUACACAUUCAUGAAGGUUGAUUUGAUGAAGCAAUGGACCGCCGAAGGUUUUAUCACUCCAGUGGCAGGUAAAGAUAUUAACGAAGUUGCAGAGUGCUAUUUUGAUGAGCUUGUUGGCAGGGGACUUGUACAGCCUAAUCUCAAUUUCUCAGAUGAGGUGAUGUUCUAUACAGUGCACUCCACUAUCUUUGAAGUUAUUAAGCACAAGUCCAUAGCAGAGAAUUUCACCACUGUAAUAGACUACUCCGGAACUAUUCCAAAGCUUUUUGCAAAGGUUCGCCGACUGUCUCUCAGCUUCAGCAAUGCUAAAUAUGCAGCCAAACCUGACGGCUUCACGCUAUCACCAGUUCGAUCACUCACAUUUUAUGGACUUGUUGAGUGUCUGCCUUCCAUUAUGGAGUUUAAGCUGCUUCGAGUUUUAAUCCUUGAAUUUUGGGGAGAUCGAAAAGAGUUCGACCUAAGUGGAAUUUUUGUAUUGUGUCAGCUGAGAUAUGUGCGGAUUACAACUGAUAUUGUCAUAAAGCUACCGGUCAGUAUGCAAGGACUAAAAUAUUUGGAAACACUGGAAAUAUAUGCAAGUUUAUUGACAGUUCCAUCAGAUAUUGUCCAUCUCCCGAAACUGCUGCAUCUCCACCUUCAAGGUGAUAUAAAGCUGCCCGAUUAUGUUGGCCAACUGAAAUCCCUACGAACAUUGCAGAGUUUUGACUUGAGCAGCAACUCUGAAGACAAUGUAAAGAGCCUUAGUGAGAUGGCGAACCUGCGUGAUCUUCAUAUAACCUGUUCUACAACAUCGUCUGAUCGUCUGAACAGAAACUUGGUAGCUCUGGCUUCUUCGAUUGGGAAACAUGAAAGCCUAAAAUCUCUUACUCUUGCUCCAGGUGUUUCAUGCCCGAGCAUUUUCACGGACUGCUCCAGUAUAGUAUCUUCUCCACCUGUUUUUCUUGAGAAAUUCGAGUUGUUGCCACCCAUUUGCAUAUUUUCAAGACUUCCUGAAUGGUUUGGACAGCUCCAAAAGCUAUGUGUUCUGAAAAUUGCUGUUAGGGAACUGAGGAGGGAUGAUCUUAACAGAAUUGCUGGAUUACAGGAACUCACUGUUCUCUCGUUGGACGUCAGGCAACCAACUGCAGAAAGCAUUAUCUUCAACAGCGUGUCGUUCCCAUUUCUGAAAUAUCUCAAAUUAAGAUGUUCCGUCCUACGCCUUGCAUUUCAGGCAGAAGCAAUUCCAAACCUCCGGAGGCUCAAGCUAGAAUUCAAUGCCCACAGUCGAGAGCAGUACAGUGAUAUGCUUGCCGGCAUUGAUCACUUGUUAAGCCUCCAAGAGAUUAAUGUACGAAUUGGGGUAGCUCCUGGUGCACAGGACUUUGACAAGAUGGCAGCAGAAUCUGUAUUCAAGGACAUCAUUAGCAAGCAUUUGAGGCAUCUGAGAUUCAACGUACAAAGGGCUGAUUUCAUUGAGGAAGAUCAGAUUCCCCAAGCUCCUGGUUUAGCUACAACUUCAUCUCAUUCAGAUGGCCUACUUUAUAUGCCUACUACGGUGGAUGUCACCAGACAAUCGAGUGAGAUAGAAGUGGUUCCGGUCCCACAAGUGUCCCCACUCAAUGAUGACAAUGUGACAAGUGAUCGAGACAUACAAACAAACCUGCAUCAAGGAGUUCCCAAAUUUGGAAAUUGGGAACGCAUGGGUUCAUCUGAAGGAAACCAUGGAACUGCGCCAAACACACCUGAACUAUCCAUACUGAUUUCACGUCUCCGUGGAGACGAAAUGCCUCGCAAGUUUGGAGAAUGGGAAGAAUGGAAUGAGAAAGAUCCCUCCACAGGUGAAGGUUAA